UGCCACCAGCCUGGGGCACACCCAGCAGCGUGGGCUGCUCCUGUCACCUCGAGCUGCAAAAGGAGCAAACCUGCACCCCAGCAGCGGGGCUGCAGCUCCCCGCUCCAGCAUUGCAACUUUCUGCUCCUUUUUUACUUCUCUUUUCGCCGUGCAACCAAAGAGCCUCGACGCUCCCUGCACCCUCUGAGCCCCCUGGGAUGCCCGAGCUUCGGGCUCGUCGUGGGCUUGUGCCAAUUGCAAAGCCAGGUUUGCACCGAGAGCAGCGGCUCCAGCCCCCCACGGGAAGCGCCCGCACGCAGCUCGGAGCUGCUCAGGGCGGGAGGGUGCGGGGCAAGGCUCAGGGCAGCCCCGCACGCCGCGUGCCCGGCUCCUUUCGGCAUUUGGGCUGGUAGCGGAUGAUAACCUCGGAGCCUGAGUUCAGGGCUCUGAUCCCACCCACCGGUGCCGUGACUCACAGCGCAGUCAGCGCGCUGCCUGGAUAUUGGUGGGCAAGGAGGAGGGAGGGAGCUGGCGGCCGCCGCUCGCACACGCGCUGCUCCGGCACACGGCGAUCCGCGAGCAACGGGGGAACGCGGGGCUCCCACCUCCUGCAGGGCUGCAGAACGCCGGCACCGCUCCCAGGUUGUCCUUGGGUAGAGGAGCUCUGUCCCUGAUGAGCACUGCUGGCCGCCAUCUCUGACACAAGCACACAGAGCAAAGCAGGCACAAAACCCCGGGGGACCUGACCCUGUAGCAUCUGACCCUGCUGGGCUUUGCAGGAGAGAAGGGAGCAGCUGACACCCACCAGCAGUGCCAUGUGAUCAGCUCCAGCCCCAGAUGGACCAGGUCACACAAGAAGGUUGCAGGGGCACAUCAUUCCUAGGUAACGUCAUGCUCAGCAGACAAGGCUGAAUGUGUGAAGGGGACUCUGCUGUGAUCUCUAAGGCUGUCGCAGGCCCAAGAUCGGCUUGGAAGAAACUCUAGGGCUGCCUAGUGGAGGCUGACUCCAAGCAUCUAUAGAGCCACUGUGAGCAGAACCGUUCCACCCAUGCGACUCCACUAUGGAUACAUGCAGCAACCUCACAAACCCUUCAAAAACCAUGGACUUCUCCCUGCAGCUGCUGGUCGGGUCAUGCCUGGCCCUACUCAUCGUGUUCACUCUCUGCGGUAACAUCGUUGUGUGCCUGGCCGUCAGCCUGGACCGCCGGCUCCGCAGCCUGACCAACUGCAUCAUCGUCUCGUUGGCCAUCACCGACCUGCUGCUGGCCCUGCUGGUGCUGCCCUUCUCCGCCUUCUACGAGCUCACUAGCGAGUGGCCCUUUGGCAGCACCUUGUGCAACAUCUACCUCAGCCUGGAUGUCAUGCUGUGCACAGCUUCCAUCCUCAACCUCUUCAUUAUCAGCCUGGACCGCUACUUUGCCGUCACCACCCCGCUGCGCUACCGGCAGCUGGUCACCCCGUCCCGCGUGGCCGUGGGCUUGGUUGUUAUUUGGGCGGUUUCGCUGAUGGUCUCCUUCCUCCCGAUCCACCUGGGGUGGAAUACCAAUGGGACAACAGUCCAGAACACAACACCCAACUGCACCAGGGAAUGCAAGCUGGAGGUGAACUCUGUGUACGGGCUGGUGGACUCCUUGCUCACCUUCUACAUCCCUCUGGUCAUCAUGUGCAUCACCUACUACCGGAUAUUCAAGAUAGCGAGGGAGCAAGCCAAGAGGAUAAACCACACGUGGUGCUGCAGCAGCAACAGCCCCUUGCCACCCAUGGUGAAGGAACACAAAGCCACUGUGACACUGGCAGUGGUGAUGGGAGCCUUCAUCAUCUGCUGGUUCCCCUAUUUCACGGUGUUCACGUACCGAGGGGUGUGGGGGGACAGCAGUGUGAAAGGCACACCCAUGUCCAUCGUGCUCUGGCUGGGCUAUGCCAACUCAGCACUGAACCCCAUCCUCUAUGGGACGUUCAACAGAGAUUUUCGGGUGGCAUACCAGCACUUGCUGCACUGCUGGAGGACGGGGGACCGCAAAAGCUCCCUACAGAAGGGUCAGCCCCGGGGCAGGAGCAGCAAGGAGAGCCUGGAUGGGCAGGAGGGGAAACACCUGAAGCUGGAGAUGAGGAAUGGGAAGGGCACCUUGCUGGUAGAUGGAGCCCUGCAGAGUGAUGGAACUUCCCCGUGAGCCUCAGCCAACCCCAUCUCCUGGCCUCCGCUCCCAGCUGCCCUCUUCCAGCACCCUGCAAGGCUGAAAGGACACAGCUGGACUUCACUCAGGGAGAAACCCGAGAGCAGAGGCAAGGGCUGCAGGGAUCCCUGUGCUGGUACAUGGCACUUGCUCUCUCCCCAGAUGAUGCCAGAAAGUACUCUGCCUGCCCGCGUUUCUUCCCGGGAGCUCAGAAGAUCCUGCACCACUGGGGCCAUGACACCUCCAGCACCGAGCCCCACAUCACUGGGUUGAGAACCAGGGCAUACCCCAGCAGGUCUGGGGUUCAGGCACAGUGGGGAAAAGGAACUGCAGCCACAGCCUCGGUGGCAGACAGCCCAACCCAGCACAGGUAGUACACCUCCUGGUGCCCCUCGAAGAAAUGCAUCCAGCCCCCAGAGGGGCCCAGCAGAGGGGUGGUGGGGUGCCAGGAGGGCAAUGGCAGCCACGAUCACAACACAUGCAGCACUGCAGGGCAAAGAUGAGCUCGACCUCGGGGAGGUUGGGGCAUCCCCUGCUCUCCAUGUGGGCUUCACACCCUCAGCCCCACUGCAAGGAGAGAGGACCCAGAGCCUCCGAGCAGUGGGUCCGUCCCCAGGCUCUGUCCUCCGCAGCACUUCAAUACCAAGGCUGCGCAAACAGGACGUCUGCAAGCGAGCCUGGGCAGAACUCAGCCAUACAAAAUCCUGUUUAACACGGGCAGAACGACACGAUUGAUUUCUCCAGGCGCACUCUGCCCCGAGAAAAGCCCUCACCCCCCCCCCCAGUGCCCCGGUACCCUAUUAUCCCACCCCUGCCCCUCCACCGGGCUCACACACAGGGACGCGACUGCAGCCCCCCCGGGAUCCAACCGCACCGCUCCUAGAGCCGGGGGGCAGGGAGGGCAGCAGAGCGACUCCGGGUCCCCCCCCGGGCCGGGAAGGGCAGCGUUACGGGCUCGGAGCUCCCCCUGCUUGCAGCUCCUGGCCCGGCCCCACACCAUCCCAGAGCCCCCCCAGGCCGGUCCGGGCCAGAAAUACCCUUGGCAUCCACCCUUCCCCCCCAGCUCAGAGAGGAAGAUCUGACAAACGCACCCCACCCAAAGCUCUGCCACCUAUGAUAACAAUUAGAGACUGAUCUAAUUGCAAAAAUAAUUGCAAUUGAAGUGUUUAAUUACCAUACUAAGCAGGAAGAGCCGCUCCCGACUGUUUCGGUAGCACUCCCGAUCCAUCAAACAAGGUUUGGGGCUUGUUUGGGGUUGGUGUGUGUUUUCUUUUUUAUUAUUAUUAGAUUGCAGCCCUGGGGGGAUGAAGAGAUUUACUAAUUAGGGUCCUGGAGAACAGCCACCAACUUGCAAGCACUUGUUUUUAAUUUCAAUACUAACAAGGCUGGAAGGGGGAGAAAUCCAGAAUGCAGAACAGCUGUGUGGCUGCAGCCCCUCACCACGCUGGAAGAGCCCUAGCACUGCUCGGUGCGAUGCCAUGGGGCUGGGUUCGUGCUCUGCCAGCACGGGGUGAAGCCCAUCUCCAGGUGCCAGCGCCUGUCACCCACUGAUCCCAUCCACCACGGUGACAGCUCAUCCAGGUCCUGGUGCCAAACCCCGCAGAACGGCAGCAGGAAACUUCUCCAGGUGGCGUUUGGUUUUGUUCUCCCCUAUAUGUGCAACAAAAGGGGAUUAAAUUCUUUCUCCAAGCAGUAAUUCUGAGAGGGAGGAGAAACCGCUUAGAAAGCUCCUAAGCAACAUCUGCUUUCUCAGAUAGGAAUAUCUCCCUGCUAGCCAAGUGUGCGGGGACACCUCCAUCCUUGGGGCCCUGUAGGGAUGCAGCUGCUGCUCUGGGUAAGGCCCAAAAGCACAGAAAGGAGCAUGGGGUGGGAAUGCAGGAGCUGAUGUAGGGUGCUCUGGUGUGUCCCCCUCCCAGGAGUGCAGCAAAGGAGUGUUUCAUUUCUUUUAGAUAAAAGAGAAACAUCAGUAGAAGAAGGGAAAGAAAAAAAAAAAAAACCCUGUUGCGUUUUUUGGGGCUCUCAUGAUUAAACACAGUGAUGAUGGAAAGGUUGCAAGCAGCCCCAAGCAGACAAAAAAAAAGAAGAAGAAGAGAGAGGGAGAGAGAAGGUUUGUUUUAGAAAUCCCAAGAUUUGGUUUUCUUCAAUAAAAUGCAUUUGGGGUCACCCACUGAACA